AUGUUGAACUUGAUGCCUUGCGAGCAUGAGCAGUACCGUCUCCCACAGUCCGAUCCCCGCGCCAAGCGUUUUGUCGUCAUUGUUGGCUUCCUGUUUCUCCGCACCUUAAUCCUCUCUAUCGUCUUUGUCCUUGCGAUCUCGACCGAAGAGUGUGUCGUUGACAGCUUGCAAGUCUGCGCCAUUCACGCCGCACCGGCUAUGGUCCCUGCGGUUGUCCAGGUAGAACCACCCGAACGGCCGCACGUUGUGACUUACUGA